CAGGAGUUCAGUCGGUGCCGGUCGGUCCCGAGAGCCGUUCACAUUCUGCGGGACGCAAAAUUCUAAGAUGGCAAGAGACAUGUACAUUUGAUAGGGUGGUCCACUCGACAAGAAAGAAAGCCGAUUCGGUUUUAGCAUACGCAUGAUAAUGAGCGAGUGAAAACGGAAAAUAAGAGAGGAAGAGAGAGAGAGAGAGAGAGAGAGAAAGCGAGGGUCGCGAUGAACGGAUAGAUAUCGGUGCAACAUCAUCAGUCGCGCAUCUUCCGAGCGGGAAAGAAGGGUGCGAUACUACCCUCUUCUCGCACAGCACGCAUAAACGCCGAGAGAAGAGUGGCUGAUCGAGAGUGGACUACUAGUCGUGCUGCGACGGAAGUUAGGGCCUCUCGACGGUAUGACGAGUCGCAACGCGAGAUAAAGGUGGGACCGAAGGAACGAGCAUCUUAUCCUGAAGGAAACAGCGGGAAACGGAAAUAUGGGAAAAGGGGACAAGAGAGGUGUUACGCAGCGCAGUGAUGGUGCCAGCACCAAUCUCGUGGGCAAGUUCACGCAGAGCGUGCGGAGGAUCGUCCAAGACGUGAAGGACGAGGGCACUUCCAGUGGACAAACGAAAGAGGAGGUGAUCGAGACGAACGAGAGGCUGAGAGUCGUGAGGAUACGUCUGGACGGCAGCUACGACACCGCCAAGAGGGCCCUCGUCGAACUGAUGUGCAAGUACACCGACAGCAAGCAAGUGCGCAAUGUGUUCCAGCGUUACAACCACCUGAAAAAUAUGAUCAAGGACGUAAUUAAGCUGGAGACGCAAUAUUGGACGCUGGUGGAUAUACCGAGGCAAGAGAAGCAGGAGACCGUGCCCGCUUUCGUACUGCGUGCCUGUUCCAUCAUGGAGAAGACUCACAAAAGCGGCGAAGGCGUGAAAACUUCGGCGCGUCUCGCCGAGGAGGCCGAGACCAAGAGAGAGCGCAUCGAGAGACUCGAGAAUAUGACGACGGCGCAAAUCGAAGCUGAAAACACCCAAAUGACCAAUGAUCUGUAUAGAUUGCUGAAGAAGUACACGGGUCUCAGGAACCUCAUCAAAGUAUUGAAAGAGGAGUACAACGGCUCGAAGAUGUAUCCGAUGUUCCCGCGUUACACGAUACUGAAGGAUAUGAUAAAGGAUAUAAUGCACAAUCCGGACUAUAUGGAAGUCUGUCACGAGGUGGACCAAGCAUAGCGGCCCGACCCCCUCCACCGUUCGCCACGUAUGACCCUGUAAAUUCUUCAGGAUCGCCACGUGGUCGUCGGUGAAGGGGGUGAACCACAGAACGCUUCAGCUUCGACUGAUAAUUUUCAUUUUUGGACAGAGUAAUUCCUGUGAUCUUACGUUCUAUCCUAUAUAUCUGCGAAUUCCCAUUUUCCCUGACCCAUACCUUGACACAAGCCAUUCGCCAACAAACUUCAUCUUUGUUUGUUACGAAUCUUGGGGCAAAUCUGGAACAAGUUGCGUCACGCUUGUGCCAAUCGUAUACAAUUUCUCGCAGGUAAGUUAGGCCCUCCUGCUCCUCUUUGCGCGUGUUUCGUAAAGUUUCGGCAAGAGGUGAGAGAGAUGACAAGGGGUUGAAUAUCGCGCUGAAGUACGCCAUCGAGCAUCGUGGAGUAACAACGGGCAUCUCUCGACGUACUACAGAAGAGCGCCGGAAUAUCAUGAAGACGGAAUAGUCGUGGAGUCAAGGUAGGUCAUAAGAUCGUUCUCGUAUAGCUAUGAGAAUGCUGCUACUUGCUGCUUAAUCAUCGCGAGAAAAAAAAAGAAACAAAUCGAGAACGGAAAGUAAGCCUUAUUUGAUGCUUAAUAAAGAUAAACAUAUUUCACAGAGAAUAAGAGAGAUAAAUUUUUUUACACAUUUAAAUGAUAUUAAUUUAUGAUUAAAUUCGAAAUAAAUAUUGAGAAUUAAGAAGAUGACACCGCGUUGAAUUUUCGUAAUUCCGAGGUGAUUAAAAGAUUUGCUGAUAAAAUAUAAUAAUGAUAUUCUAGAACUUUAUAUUAAAUUCAGUAUUUUUAAAAAUCCCACUUGUCACUCUGAAGAAGAGAGACUCGAGUCCUUCCAAGUAAAUAAGUCCAAGUAGCAGGAUUCGCGAGAUUCCAGCGUAGAGGCCAAGAGACGUUUUACAUAAUUUCUGAUUUUGGAUCGGAAUAGUCGCUCGCACGUCACAAACAAAAGAGGCUAGAUGCGCUAUUAUUAAUAGUGAGUGUCGUAUGCAUGUGAUAUACCGUAAUUAAUUAGGAAUAAUUCGCAAGAUCUACGGGGCGUCGAAUAAAUAUUCGUAUAAGACCGUGAGCGUGUGUUUGUACAUAAGUGUAGCUUGUGUGCGUGAAAUUAGGCGUGAGGAUUGUGAGAGUAAUGUCACUGUGGAGCACAUUAUUACCUGCUUCCUGCUGUGUAGGACUCUCGUAAUAAAGGACGUCGUCGGUCUCGCGCCGACCGAAUAUUCACUUUACCUACGAAGAGGACAAAGAUUAAACUACUCGAGACGCUCGUGCAACGCUCUCGAAAAAAGAUGUAUUUAUAAUGAAAAAUAUUAAUUAAUGAUUUAACACUUGGAACUAAGAUUUACAAUACGGUUAACUUUGCAUAUGAAGAUUUUAUUGGAAUAUUUGGAUGUAUUGUGUGCAUAUAUGAAUUAUAUAUUUAGCGUGUAAAAUUGGGAAUAUUUGAAAUCCUCGCUUUUUAUCUGCGAACAGAGACAGAGAUUAGGCGGUUUGAAGCGUUUGAAAAAUGCUGAAAAUGAUACAUUAAUGAAUAAGAAAUAUCGAUGAAUGAUUUAAUACUUCAGAUAAGAGUAAAAUUUACAAGGCCAACUUUAAAUGUGGAAAUUUUUGUGGAUUAUUCAAAUCAUAUAUUUGGUACAUUGAAAUAUUUCAAAUAUCUAUGUAUACUUAAGCAGCAUUUUAUAAGACGUGAAUGCAUGUCUUGAAAUUGAACAAUAAAUUUAAAAUGUAUGAACUAAAAUAUAGAUACAGAUUUACAAGUAGAACUACACAUAUACGCGAUUUGAGUUUAUUUCAGCACUGAAUAUCUGGGGAUGAAUCGUAGAUUCGUACCUACAUAAAAUAUUAUUGUAUGCAUUUUUCUUUUUUUUUUAGUCCUCGUGUUUCAGCUUAAACGAAACGAUCUGAAUGAUACUUUUUUCAAGUCGAUUUCAAUUAAAAAUCUAUCUUUUUAUAAUUUACCAUUUUAUCAAUCACUUUUUUUGUACGUAAUCAAUAAUGUGCACGUAGAAAUUUGAAUAUUAAUCGGCUAUUCUAUCGUAUGUACAAACAUAAAUAUUAAUGGUUCCCCGUAUAAAAUACACGCAACGCCUUCAUUACGAAUCGCGAGAUUAUAAGCUAAGAUGGUAUUUGCAGCGUAUGGAUCAAUUAAUAUUUCUUUCGUGCGAGAGCAGAACGGCAAGAAUGUCACGUGCAUGCAUUUUCAUUUUUAACACGGCGCGAGAUUUUUCAGAACAUGGAUAUAUUCAUACGCUGGUUAGGAUAGUAUAUUCGUACAUAAAUUUAGCGCUAAACGCAGUUCUCGAGUUUGUAUUUGUAAUCGGGCGCGAUUUUUGAGCGCUAGAUAGAUCACAUUGAACAGAAGGGAAAUUAUUAUAGAUGAUAAUUUAAUAAUUAAAUAUCGUUGAGGUUUACGUAAAACUCACCGUUGAACAGCCGCAUUUAGCGUAAAUAUACAAUGAGAUUCCGUAUGCUUGACGAUAAUAGUCGUGAGUAACGUUCUCCGUACCCAUUAAAUAACUUAAAAGAUAAGGUAUUAAUUAAAUAUAUUAAUUUCGCAUAACAUAUCACCAACGUCACGUUUACCAUACACACUCCGAUGAAAAAGUCCUCGAGAAAUUAUGCGAGAAGUGCUUGGGACGAAAUGUUAACAUUAUUCAAAGUACCUUCCGCUACCUUGCGAGAAAUUUAAAAGCAUUUUAAAAUCAAAUCUGAAAAUUUUUUGACAAAGGCAAUUUCCGCUUGCUGGUCGAGAAAUCACAAUGGAAAAAAAAAAAUCAAAACAGACUCUAGCUGGAACACGAGUUGUUCCGAGCGAAAUUAACGAGUAAUUCUGAAAUGAUUAAAGCCACUCUCUCGUGCAUCUGGAUAAUUCGCGUGGAAGGAUGAAAAUCUGUUGAUAGUCGGUGUUGUGUUAAAAGUCAAAAAUUUUCGCAAAUCUUUCCCGAUGGACUUUCGCUCAGAGUAUUUGCAUCUGUGUGCAUAUGAAUAUGCAUAUCAUGCUGUUCGAUAUUGAUAAACACAGGGGAUAUCAUCGGAUCGGUUGUCCGACAUAUAAAAUGUGCCAUGUUCUCCAAGUGCUAUACCUCAUGUAAGUAUUUACGUAAAGAUGACAGAACCCAAUAUAAAACGCACGUGUUACACGGUCGCGCAUAAUGCAAAAUGCAACGUUUUACACGUAAAAUGCAGUUGCACCGACGUGAAUCCUAGCGCCAGCAAUUAAUUCCAGAUGCAAUCGUAAUAGGAGGAUCCUCUAUAGGAUUUUGUUCUUAUAUCAUUAAGGUCUAUAAGCGUGUAAUGAUGUAUACUAUAUACUAAAGUACGUAUAAAAGAAAAAAAAAUGGCUGACAGCCCGAAA